AUGGAGGAGGCACCCUACAAGUUCUCCACGUGCGGGAAGAGCUACAAGGAGCUGAGGUCCCACCACGUGGAGUCGAAGCUACUGGAGCGAGCUGGGAUCCCAGAGCAGCUACUGGAGAAGGUGGAGGUCUUGCUGGAAGGGCUCCAGCAGCUGGGCAGCACCGUGGUGGGUGGUGAUGGGACAGACAGCGAGAAGAAGGAGGAGUCCCAGCCCAUGGAAGAGGACAGGGUGAUGCUGGAAGGACCCAAAGAGGCGUCCCAGAACCCCAAGGUGGACGUGGACCAUGAUGUUCAACACCAGCCAGAUGAUAAGCAAGGUAGCAAAGUAGCAAGAAGACCCCGAAAAUGCUCUUUCAAAGGGACGUACGCUGAAGACCUUCAAGAAGACACAACCCAACCAAGGAAUAGCUCCAGGGGGAAGGUGUACAAGUGUGGGGACUGCAAGAAGAUCUUCACCUGGGGGAGCAGCCUGACCCGGCACCAACGGAUCCACACGGGAGAGAAGCCCUUCAAGUGCCUGGAUUGCGGGAAGAGCUUCACGCAGAGCGUGGUCCUCCUGCGUCACUGGAGGACGCACACCAAGGAGAAGCCCUUUCUCUGCACCACGUGCGGGAAACGCUUCUCCUGGCGCUCGGACCUCAUCACCCACCAACGCAUCCAUACGGGAGAGAGACCGUACGCCUGCUCGCACUGCGAGAAGUCCUUCCGGAAGAAGUCUCACCUCAUGAGGCAUCAGCAAGUCCUCCACGAUGGUGAAAAUCACACGGGAGAACGACCCUACAAGUGCCCAGAUUGCGGCAAGACCUUCAACGACUUCUCCAACCUCGUCUCCCACCAUAGGAUCCAUAAGGGAGAGAGACCGUACGAGUGCCCCGAGUGCGGGGAGUGCUUCACCCAGAACUCGAGCCUUUCCAGGCAUCGGAGGAUCCACACUGGAGAAAAACCUUUUUCCUGCUCUGAUUGUGGGAAAUCCUUUACUCAGAAGCAAAAACUCAUCUUGCACCGACGGAUCCACACCGGGGAGAUGCCGUACAGCUGUCAGCAAUGCCAGAAAACCUUUCGGACCAGCUCCCACCUCGCCACGCACCAGCAGACCCACGCGCAGGAGAGCUCCCACGCGUGCCUGGUCUGCGGGAAGUCAUUCAGCGCGGGCGCCGAGUGUCUUCGCCAUCAGAGGACCCACUUGGAGGAGGUGCCGGUGGGCCAGGGAGCUUCUCCCGGGGAUGACGUGCCACGAAAUUAG